AUAGUUGCUUCACAGAAGAGACUGAUCACCUCCUCCAGUCCAUCCGCUAAAGAGAGAGAGAGAGGGAGGGUAGCAGCAGAGGAUCUUCAUAUCUCUUUACUUCAGCCACUAGCCGACCUUUAGCACAGUAUCACUUGCAAAUCCAAUCAAACUCACCUCCUCCAGUUUAAUUCAUUUUUAGUUUUCUCUACUAGUAAUUUGUACCUAUUCUCUACCAGUGAGUUUUUAAUAAGUACUAACCUCACCAUGUCUACAGAACCUGAUGCCAAUAAAACGGGAUCCACCUCAAAGACCCACUCCACAGGUAAUCGGCACCCCCAGGACAAGAAGGAGGGCUCCGCCCGGUCCUUUGGGGGUAAGAGGAACACUACGGGGCCAACCCCUCGUUACCAUGGCAGCACAAGUACACACGAUGGCUCCGUUAAAGCUAAGGGCAGUGGGUGGGAGUCUGCUCAUAAAGGAAGGCACCGCCCAGGGAAGGAUGAACACAGGAAACCACGAGAGACUCAUUCAACAAGGAACCUUACCCAAUCAGGGAAGACCCACAAUAGAAAGAAUAAUGCUUCAAAUAAGUCCCACCCACCAGCCCAAACUACCGAAGAUACAGUUGAUAAACAAGAAGAGACUGUACAAGAGGAAGACCGGGGACCCUUGGAGAAUGAAGCUCCUCUUAUUGAAGAAGAAGGAGGCACUGAUUUAGGAGCAAAGGAUCUCUGUGGGAACAGUAAUAGACUAGUCUACACUAGGGAUGACCUGUUGCUGCUCAAAGAGGUGACACUUAGUCUAUUGUCUCCUGUUCCUCACUUUGAUACAAUGGAAGUUGAAAUAGUCAAAGAAAUACUCAAGAGACACAACAGCUCCAGCAGCAGCAACAAUGACCCCAAUGAUCCUGAGACUGAUCUAGUCGACGAUAUGAAACCAAAGCACCCAGCAACCCUGUCAUUAAUAAGAGAACACGAUCCCAAGACAUCAGCUAAGGUUACACUGAGUCCUCAGAGACGAUCCUUUGGUUCCGGCUGCUCCUGGAGGGAAUCUCCUGUCAAGAAUGGGCCACAGGCUCCGCCCACUAAUCAAACAAAUAAUGGUGACUCAGCGGAAUCAGAAAAAGAUGAAGUUUUUUAUCAUCACAGAGUGACCACACCCUCCAGUCAUAAGGUCAUUGAUCACAUUCCUUAUCGUUCCCGUGGCAACGGAGGAAAGGGGGAGUGGCAGGAGCCACCCAAGAGGCGUGGCAGUAGCUGGAGAGAGUCAGUGGACACUGGUCGACUGGACGAGGAGCCGGAGUGGAUGUCCUACGGUCCAACGGAUUGUAACGAAAUAAUGGAACUAAAAGGAAUGGAGGACCAUGAGCUGGAGAGAGAAGCCAUUAAACCAGGAGGGACCAAUGUAUCUUCAGUUGACGAUAAACAAAUAGAAGAAGGCGGAGUCAGUUCAGACCCCUCCCCCUCGUCAAGUGUUGGUGAUACGUCAAAAGAUGACUAUGACUCUGGCCUGCCCUCCUCCUCUCCAUACGAUGAUGAUCAGGAGUUCAUGCUGGACGGGUUUGAUUUUAGUACCGGAGUGAGUAUCUGCCGAGCACUAGCAUCAGACAGUGAUGAAGAGGAGGCCACACCCAUUAAUAAUAAUAACAAUAAGGAGGGACUACCUGCAAUCACUGAUAAACAUCAACUGACUAAUGCUCUCUUGAAUGUUUUAAAAAUUCCCCCAGGGGGCAGUGGGGAGGCCCCCACGAGACCAUUACGUGCUAUGACGUUAGACGAGAUUGAAGAGCCACGCCCUCAGGAAGUAGAUCAAGAUCAAAGUGCCUUUAAUAAACUACUAGCGGCUAUAAAUUCACCACACGGGGGGCCUCCGGGGACCGGAAUUGAAGGACAUGUUUCCCACGGUAGAAGAGAACAAUAUCAGGUCCCGCCCACCAGCGGACACGUUAACAGAACUUUGUUCUCUGAUGAAUCCGAACAGCUACAACCUUUACAAUUGAGAGGAGGUGGGCGGUAUCAGACUCAUCAAGAGUGGACACACCCUCGGUGGGGCGUGACAGGAGGUGUGGCUUACAGACCAAACUUAUACAAGUCUCAUCAUUCGGUUCAAGUUCGGCCUGGUCACACGCUGAGUCAGCAGUCGUCAGGACAACAGCAUGGGAUCAGUUGGGUAUCGGAAAUGGAGUUAAGGAGAAGAUCAGAACUGAAUCAGAUAAUGGCUGAAAAGGAAAGACAAGAAAGACAGUUGUUAGCAGCUGAGAAAGAACGGCAACGAGUCAUCACUCAAAGGUCUAAUAACUCGUCGCUCAGUUUCUUACCAACUUCAGUUAUAAGGCAAAUGCACUCUAAACCAGCUGGUACCACACUGCCCACUCAUUUAAUUAACAAUUCUAUGGAGGUACCUCCCAUUCACACUAACAGUUAUGAUAGAGAUUACCAGCCUCCGCUACACAUGUUGUCCCAGUCCAGUGGUAUUCCUUUUCAUCAUAAUACAGCUGUGCCCCACCAUAAUGUAGCUGUGCCCCACCACAUCCAUUCUCAUCACAUGGGCGGGGCCGCUAGCAUUAACAAUGGUAGGACAAUGGGUACACCGGUCGAUACAAUGGCUAGCGGAUUCACUCAUCCCAUGCAGUACAGAAUGACGUAUCCUCAACAGCAGUGAUUGAUGGCUGAAGAUUCUUCACUGCUCUCUCUCUCUCUCUUUACAAACUUCAUUUAUCAACUCUAUCAAUAAUGUAUUGAUUUACAUGUGCCACAUGUAUGAUUCAUAUCCAGCAGCUGCCAAUAUACUCCAGCAGCCGCUUCAGUCAUUUCUUCUUAUUAAGUGAUCCAUGCACAUUAUACAGUAUAGUGUAUCAUUGUGUUUUUGAGUUUUGUCUAUAAUUAAGAAUUAUUAUAAAUGAGAAA